AUGUUUUCAUCAACCGUACAAAACGUAUCAUUGUCGAAUACUUACAAACUUCAUUGGCUCGAUCAAAAUGCGAAAGAUGAUAUUUAUUUACAGAAACAACUCAAUGAAUUUUUUAACAAUGAACUAACUAUUUUUGAUAAUAUCAUUGAUUAUAAUGAAAACAUUCGAUUGCUAGCAGACGAAGAAAGAGUGAUUCUCAUUGUCUCCGGUUACUUUGGCAAAGAACUAGUUCCUACUGUUAACAAUCUUUCACAAGUUCUCGCCAUAUAUGUUUACUGUUCGAACAGAGACUUGCAUCUUCAGUGGACUAAAAAUUACAAGAAGGUUAGAGCAGUCCUAUCACACGGUGAUGAUUUGAUCUACCACCUGCAAAAAGAUGCUCGUUAUCGAGAACCUCUCUCUCCGAUCACUGUUUUCCAACAGUCACACAAAAAUGUACGAGCAGAUAAUGCACAGUUUAUUUGGCAACAGCUCUUCAUUGCAAUUCUUCUGCGUCUUAAACCAGAGGAAUCAAGCUCGAAUGAGAAGCUAGUUGAGUACCUGAAAAGAACGUAUCCACAGCAGUUGGACGUCGUUGAGAAGUUUCAUCAAGAUUAUCAACCAGAAAACAGUCUUCAAUGGUAUACAAAAGACAGUUGUAUCUAUAAAUGUUUGAAUUAUGCCUGUCGAAUGAAUGACUUCGGCACGCUUGUUCUGUAUCGAUAUUUUAUUAAAAGUUUGUAUGAACAACUCGCAAACCAAUACCGGCAACAGAAGAAAUUACUAUCCGAUAUGACUCUAUAUCGUGGUCAGUUGAUGUCACCCGAAGAGCUUAUUCAAUUACAGAAGUCAGUGGGACAAUUCAUUUCCUUCAAUUCAUUCCUCUCGACAAGUCAGGAUCUAGCAGUUGCUGAAAUGUACGCUGGAAAAGGUGUUCUCUUUGAAAUCACAACUAGUCUCUCUAACGAGAAACUAGACACUUCAGCUGAUGUUUCAUGGUGGAACAGACCGCUUUUUGAACGUUCUAUUGAAACGCCUAUCUCGAAACCCUAUGCAUUGAUUUCUGGAUGUAGCCAGUUCAGCGAUGAAGACGAAGUCCUCUUUAUGGCGGGAACGAUCUUCUGUCUAGAUAAAAUGGAACCACCAUAUGAGCAGACCAAACCCUUUUGGACUGCCCAUCUUCAUCUGGCCAGCGACAGCGAUCAUAACCUAAAAGAACUGUAUCGUUAUCGAAUCAUCGAAUUAAGUACUGAAACUACUAUAGCUGAUGAUCUUAAUCCAUUACUGAUCGAAAUGGGCUAUUUGGCACCUGGCAAAAUAGAGGAGAAUGACGAUGAAACGCAGCAAAAUCAAAGUAAUCUACCGAUCUUUCUUUUGAAGAGUGCUCUCAGUGUUUUCUCGACAACAAAGAUACAAAUCAACUUAGGAAAGAUUCAAACUACAAAAGGUGAUUACCAAGCGGCAAUUGACACAUUUAUGAAAGCUCUGCAAGGGACAACUGAUGUGCGCUGCAUCGCAGAGAUAGAGAGCAACCUCGCUGUUGUCUACGAAAGAAUGAAAGACUAUUCAACGGCGUUGAGUCAUUGUAGGAAAGCAGAACAGUAUUCGAAUUCAGUUGAUAACUUCAUGAUAAUGAUUCGACUGUACAUGAAAUUAGAAGAUUAUGUUGCUGCGUUACAAAUUAUUGAAUCAAAUGUACUACCGCAAGAGAAAGACUCGCUCAAAAUUGCUCGACAUUAUCGACUCAUGGGCAAAAUUUACGAAGCAAGGAAACAAUUUGAUCUUGCACUAGAAAAUUACAAAAAAUCGUUUCAAUUGUUCGAAAAACUUUACCCGUUUGAUAGAGUUGACGACGUUUUUCGUCAUAAUGGCAGAGGCGGCAGUGAGAUGAAGGACAUAAGUCGUCAUCUACUUAGAUUGAUCGAUAAGACAAAGAAGAGCGAUGAGUAUGCUGUGUUAGACGGAUAUUUUCGAGAAUUCAAUUGCGAUCGAGAAGAAGCCUACAGUAAUUACUUAACUACUCAGUUUUAUCGCGAUCCAAUGUAG